GUUUGGAUCUGCUACAAUUACCUCAAGCUGGAAGAUGUUGGAUGGAGAGACUCAAGCUUUGAACAGGGUCGAGAUCUACGGAUCAUGUUCUUGGGAUCAUACGAUCGACUUCAUCACUCGUAUGAUUCACCAAGCUAGAAUCCAACACUUGAACCCAGCCAACGGCGAUCCGUCGUCUCAGGCGGGGCCCAUCAAACUCGAUCCCGAUCGACAGUGGUCGGCUUGGAAGCUGGUCACUAAAUACUACGAAGCCCUGCUGGAAGUUCACUAUUCUCCGAUUGAGACCAGCCGGCAAUCUAAAGCGCAGGCUAUCGUGAUCUUAUGGGAAAGCCAGGAAAAGGAUCGGUUGGCGAUAGUCCUCAAGUCGUUCAACUCCAGCGAGCUUACAUCCCAGUCGCGAAUCGUGAUCGUCGACUUAGAUCCUCAACAACUGGAAGAGGAUCAGGAUUGGAAUGAGAUAUGUUUUGAGCAUGGUUUCGAAUGUCAUAGUUCGUCGGAUUUAGAUGAGGCUUCGAUGUCCUGGCAGUGCUGUCCAUGGCCCUCAAUCCAACGAACCCCUCAAUCCACUUCCUCUACUAAACUCGACCCUCUGCUAAAACCACCCCACACUCAAUCUCCUUCUCCAGAACCUCAUUCAUCCAAUCCACAACCCCCCAACCCUAACAAUCUAGUCCAAUUUCCGGAUGAUUUCGACAAGGCUGGCUCCAAAGGCUCAGCUCUCUCGACCUCCCUGAGCGUUGGCAACCUAGAUCAACCUCCGAAACCGGAUUCAGCAUCCUGUUUGAAUAACUCCGAAGACAACAGAUUUGAAGACGAUUUUUCGGAUUUCGUAUGCGCUGGAACCAGCUCAACUACGUGGGAUGAUCAGAAUAAGAACAACAACAGUGAUGAUGAUGAUGAUGAGCAAAUCAGCUCGCUUGAAGUAGAAGAAAUGGUCCACAGGCUCUUUGGCCAUAACCUCCCCACUAGCUCACCGGACGGACUGGGCGAUCUUGGAAGCCUAGUCUCGCAACUCGAUCAGCUGAAACUCGAGGCUGCUGGGAUGGACGAUCGGGCGCGCAAACGGCUCGCAUCUCGGGUCGCAAUGGCCGUCGAAAGCCAACUGGGAUCGGAUUGAGCUUCACUAUUCGCGUGGAUACUGAUUCUUUUGCUGAAAUAGAAAAUGUUCCUUUCACUCCCCUUGAUCAUCAAUUCAUAACUUUUUUUUAGAUUCAAGCUUCAACUUGAUCAUUACAUGAUUUGAGAAAGAAAACUGAAUGCAGAUAGAUUGUCAUAUCCCACAGUCUCCACAUGUAAUAUAUGUAAAAACCUGACAUGUGCAGCGGAAUACCCCCCC